AUGGAAAAUAAAACUAAUUUUCUUAACUAAUCAACUGUGAGUGAAUCCACUGAAACUGACUAAAUAGAAAAUAGAAAACGUAUUAUUACAUCUGAUAAUAUGUAAAUCGAAGAGCAAUCUAGUGAAUAAAACAAAUUCAUAGAGACAAAAAGAUUUUGGAUACUUCCAUUCCUUUCUACAGUAACUUUUGGAGCUUACUUUAAUGUGAACUUUUAAUCUUUCGUUAAAGAGCAGUUAAUGACAUAAAUGAAUAUGGAUACUAGUGAUUACAGUUGGUUCCUUCUUAUACCUACUUUACCAAACAUAGUACUUCCAUUAGUGGUAGGACCUUUUAUGGACUUAGUGGGAGCACGUACAUGUUUGGUAUUGUUCACAUUUAUAAUUUCACUUGGAAUGUCUUUAUGCAUGAUAUCAAUUAGCGUUAGCUCAUUGGGUUGGUUAAUUUUUGGAAAAACCUUGCUAGCUAUUUCAGUUGAGUGCCAAAACAUCUCAUUUAGUACAUUAGCAGGAAAAUGGUUUACCUCUAAGGGGUUAGCGAUAGCUUUUACCCUAUAAAGUUUCUCAACAAAAAUAGCCAGCUCUGUAUCAGGAAUAGCUUAUCCAUAACUUUAUAGCCAACAUAACAAUUUGAUGUCUCCAUUUUAUCUAGGAAUAUCUUUUUGCAUCAUGAAUUGUUUUACUUCGUGGAUUGUCUUUUACUAUGAUAGAAAUGCGGAUAAAUAGACUACUCCUACACCAACUAAGGAAGUUAAAAAAAGUAAGUUUAAAUUUGACGAUUUAAAAAAGUUAAGUAAAGUAUACUGGAUGUAUGCUAGUCAAUGUUUUCUCAUGUUUGGUGGAUUCUAUGCUUAUGAGAACUAUCUUUAAACUAUUUUUACAAAAAAAUUUUUAAUUUAAACAACACUUGCUGGAGAACUUGUAUCAAUUCCUUAUUGGAUUGCCUUUGUCGUCCCUUUACUUGGCUUAUUUGUUGAAAAGUUUGGUUAUAGAUGCAUAGGAUUAGUAUUUUCUUCUUUUUUAGCUUUACUUUCAAUAUUUAUAUUGUUAGUAGCACCUUAAGGUGAAAAUCUAGUACUUGUUUGUGCUUCUUUAGUAAUAUUUGGAAUAUUUUUGAGUUUUAUGUGCGCUUAUCUUUUCCCCACUAUUCCAUUCCUUUCAUAAAAAUAAACACUUGGAACAGGAUUUGCAAUUUGUUAUUCAUGUAAAAAUGGAGGUAAAAUUAAAAUUUAAUGA